AUGAGGUGCCCGAUUUGCCUCAAUAGUGGGAGGCCCAUGUAUUGCGGCCAUUGUAUGAACGGAAGUCCCAGUCUCUUGGCAAAGUUAAAGAUUGACCUUCUGAUGCUCAGAGAGGCCAAUGCUGCGUUAGAGAGUCAAGUGGAGGGCAUACUUGAGUACGGCCUGGGUCAGGUUGAAGCCAUCGAUGGUACUUCUGCAGAUAAGAGACCAAGGAGUGAAUCAACUAAUAUUGAAGGAAAAAUAUUGGGCCAAAGAUUACUAAAAUUGAGCCUGCUUAGGUCCAAGAGGAAUAACAGUAGAAUAAAGCAUCGAACAGUGCAGCUUGCGAACCGUAUUAAGGUCAAGAAAGACACAAUUGAACAAUUGAGAAGGGCUCUUGCCGGACGUUCCAAAAUUGGACAAAAUAGUGAAGAGACAUUGACAAGGAUUAGAACGGCAGUUCUCACUGACAGGAAACUGCAAAUGGCACAGAUAACUAGGUUUCUCACUAACAAUCAGGAAGCUAGAUUAGAAUCAUUGAGAGAGUGGUUCGUUGUUAGGAAGCGUGAUUCGUACGAGUUUCCAUACUCCGUGGCCUUCCUACCGGUUGUAUCCCUCAAGAACUUCUACAAGUUACCACCCGUAGUGGCGUGGGGCUCCAUCUCCAAGAUGUCUCAAUGCAUAACGUUAAUGUCCGAGAUUCUAUUCUACAAGCUACCUUGUACAAUAGAAGGUAUUCCAGAGCUAAGCAGCUACGAAAAGGAAGAGAACAACGAAACCAACGUCGCAGAAUGUCUCACCAAGCUACUAAUCAACGUUAUCCAACUGGCGCGCCAUGUUAAUCUCCUGCCCAAAAAUCCGAUAGAUCUCGCAUGGACCUUGGACCAACACGACCUCGAUAUCCUAUUCUACAACAUGAUAACUACCACCGAGAUCACAAGCCGGCCCGUGGCCCACCAUUGGACAUUCUCAAGAGUAUUGUCAGUGGUUUCCGAUGCUUUACAACUCUCAGUCUAUGCGGCUUCUCCGGCCUCGCGUCAAACGCUCAACGGUACAAGAGUCAACAACAGCGAUCUAUGGUCACUCGUGGGCUAG